GCGCAUGCGUAUUGGGAACGCUCCCGCUUAACUCGGUGGUCGGUCGGAGGAAUGAGACGGGCGCAUGCGCAAAGGGGGAACCGUGGGGUUCGAACGAAAGGAGAGCAGGCGACGGAUUGAGAGGCGCCCCGCGGUGCAUUAUGGCGGUUGGCACAGGAAUGUCGCUGGUGCUUUCGUCACUGCUCUCCCUCUUGCUUUUCACUGGAAUGCAGAUGUACAGCCGCCAGCUUGCCUCAAGCGAGUGGUUUACCAUCCAAGGAGGGCUCCUCGGCUCCGGCCUCUUCAUCUUCUCUCUAACAGCUUUCAACAACCUUGAAAACCUGAUAUUUGGCAAAGGAUUCCAAGCCAAGAUCUUCCCUGAAAUUAUCUCCUGCCUAUUAUUGGCUUUGUUUGCAUCAGGAUUGAUUCAUCGGGUCUGUGUCACUACCUGUUUCCUCUUCUCCAUGAUUGCUCUGUAUUACAUCAACAAGAUCUCUUCCACUCUCUACCAGUCGGCGACACCAAUCCCUAUGCCCACCAAGGCUGUCAGCAAGAGCAGGAAAAGAAAUUGAUGCUAAAGAGCCUCCUUGUGAGAAGGAUUGCAGGUUGGGGAGGUACGAUGGGGAAAGAAGAAGGGGAUUCCAUCUUAGCAAAUUCUAAUAUCUAAUAAAACUUUUUAACAAAA